AUGUUGUGGUUAAAAAAGCACAACCCCCAAAUCUUGUGGGAAAAACAUACACUUGUUUUCAAUUCCUUAUAUUGUUCCAACAAUUGCCUAGCCACGCCUGCUGUUUUAGAACUUAAUGCAGUAGAAGAAAUCCCUACCCCUUAUCAAGAAUUUGCUAGAGUAUUUUCGGAGGAAGAAUUGUCAAAGUUACCACCUCACCGUCCUUAUGAUAUCGCCAUUGAAUUACUCCCUGAUGCAAAACCCCAACAUGGUCCCAUUUAUAGCCUAGGUCCAAGGGAGGAUGCGGAACUCAGGGAAACUCUCAAAAAGCAACUCAAGGCAGGACUGAUUCGACCCUCAAAGUCGCCUAUGGCUUCUCCAAUCUUAUUCGUUAAGAAAAAGAAUGGUAAAUUGCGCAUGUGCGUGGACUACCGGCGCUUAAAUAGCAUGACCAAGAAAAAUGUGUACCCGUUACCCCUGCCACAGAAUCUUAUUGAGAAACUACAAGGCGCAAAAAUCUUUAGUAAAUUUGACCUUAAGGCAGGAUACAAUUUAGUCAGAAUCAGAGAAGGUGACGAGUGGAAAACAGCUUUCAAGACAAAGUACGGAUUAUUUGAAUACUUGGUUAUGCCCUUUGGAUUAACAAAUGCACCGGCGGUCUUUCAAGACAUGAUGAAUGAAAUAUUCCAAGACCUUCUGGACGUCUAUGUCAUUAUCUACUUAGACAACAUUUUAGUAUUUUCUUUGAACAAAAAAGAUCACGAGGCCCACGUGCAAGAAGUACUGAAGAGACUACAGGACAAUAAUCUCUUCUGUAACAUUGAAAAAUGUCAUUUCCACGUCAAGAAAAUUGAUUACCUAGGGUUCAUCAUAUCGGAGUCUGGCAUAGAAGUUGACCAGUCAAAAGUCACGGAUGCAAUGAAUUGGUCGACACCUAGGAAUGUCAAAAAUAUUCAGGAAUUCUUAGGAUUUGUGAAUUUUUAUAGACGAUUCAUCCCCAACUUUGGCAAUAUGGCGCGACCUUUGUACAAUCUACUCAAGAAAGACAACCCUUGGAAGUGGGAAUCAACAGAACAGCACUCUUUUGACAGUCUCAAAAAAUGUCUUACGUCAGCACCUUUACUAUUACAACCGGAUACCACAAGACAAUUUUAUGUGGAAUGCAAUGCGUCGGAUUACGCCACUGGAGCUAUAUUAUCCCAACACAAUUCAGAAGGGAAAUUAGCACCGGUAGCCUAUCUAUCCAAAUCCUUAUCCCCAGCUGAAAAAAAUUACAACAUUUUUGACAAGGAAUUGCUAGCCGUUAUUAGGGCAUUCAAGGAAUGGCGUCAUUUGUUAGAAGGGUCAGAGUUACCGGUCCAAGUUCUGACGGAUCAUAAGAACUUGGAGUACUUCUCCACAUCACAGUCCCUAAAUAAACAACAAAUCAGAUGGGCAAACUUCUUAGUCGAUUAUAAUUUCCAAAUCAUCUAUAGGCCUGGGGCACAGAAUAAGAAGGCGGACAUACUUUCACGGCGCUAUGAUCUGGUACCCCUUGAAGGGGGGGUAGAGAACCAGGUUCUCCUAAAACCGGAACUUUUUAUUUCAUCAAUUACUCCAGAUCAGGAAAUCAAUGACUUAAUUGGUGAAGCAAUCUACAAGGACGACCGCCUUAAGGAAAUUUUACAUAAGCUUCAGAACAAAGAAAAGGUCACAGAUUGGGAGUUAAAAGAAGGACUGUUAUGGCAUCAGGGAAAGAUCUUUGUACCUAGAGACAACACCAUUAGGAACCUUGUUCUAGAAUCUAGGCAUGAUGCGUUAGCCGCAGGACACCCAGGACAAGCAAGAACACUAGAACUUGUUUCAAGGAGUUACUAUUGGCCGUCCAUGAAAAAAUUUGUCAAUUCUUACGUCAGCCACUGCGAAACCUGCAUUAGAUCAAAACCCACAAACCAAGUACCUACAGGUCUACUAAAACCCUUACAAAUUCCGGAACAACCUUGGGAAGACAUAGCAUAUGACAUGAUCGUAGGAUUACCAACCUCAGAAGGCUUCGACGCGAUCCUAACAUCCACAGCAUCCGCCAUUGAUAUUGCCAACUUAUUCAUCACCUAUAUAUGGAAAUUACAUGGUCUCCCCAGAAGCACGGUUUCAGACAGAGGCCCCACAUUUAAUGCCAAGUUUAUUCAACAUUUGUACAAAAGGCUGGAUAUCAAACCAACCUACUCUACGGCCUACCAUCCACAAACGGAUGGACAAACAGAACAAAUACAAAGGGAAGCUGAAAUCUUCAUCCGCAUGUUUGGAAACCACCAACAAUCUGAUUGGGUAUCACUACUACCCCUGGCUGAGUUUGCCCUUAAUAACCUGAAACAAACCUCUACGGGCAAAUCUCCAUUUCAGAUCUGUUAUGGGUUGAAUCCUUGUUUCUCUGUAGGACAAAAAUCAGACGAAUCAGUUCCCAACGCAGAUGAGCAUGCGGAAUUCCUAGAAAAAGGCUACGAUGAAGUCAAGGCCACAUUGUCAUUAUCACAGGAAAGAAUGAAACACUUCUAUGAUCAACGCCAUAGGGAAGAAGAAGAAAUUCAAGUAGGGGACAAGGUCUGGUUGAGUCACCAAAAUAUAACCACCAACAGACCAUCCAUCAAACUUAGUCAUAAGAAACUAGGCCCCUAUCUUGUGAUUGAAAAAAUUGGAUCACACGCAUAUAAAUUGCAACUACCUCACACAAUGCGCAUACACCCCGUUUUUCAUAUUAAUCUUCUAACAAAAUUCCAUCCCAACCCUCAUGGACGAGAUCCUCCUCAACCUGCACCUAUCAUCACAGAAGAAGGAGAAGAGGAGUAUGAAGUAGAGAAAAUCCUGGAUAGCAAAUGGAAGGGACAAGGAAAGGCAAGGAAGUUAUGGUAUCUAGUGAAAUGGAAAGGAUACGAUGAGGGAAGCAACUCCUGGGAACCGGUUGACAAUGUGGGAAAUGCACAAGAAGCUCUAGAAGAAUUUCACAAGGAACACCCUGACGCAGUUGGAGCUUGA